UAUUUGUAUGAACAGUAAGUUUUAACACCUGAAAAUGUGUCCAGAUCAUGUCUAUUGGGAAGAAAUUUUCCAAUUUCUGAAAAAGGAACCAUGAAAAAAGCAACGAUGGUGUUCCUAAUCAAAUUUGUAUGCGGGUGUAAUAAAAUAGUAAAUGAAAUGCUGGGUUGGUUCUGUGACUUAAGAACCACAGGAUUUUUUAAAAAUGUUUUGCUACCAAGAGAACUUUUAAGUGUUCCAUUUGUAACUUCUAAAAACUAAUUUGCUGACUAUAAAGAGUUUAGUGCCGAGUUUUGAGUAUUGUGGAAUUUUAGAUUUGUGUAGUUCUAGGGCCAAAAUCAAGAUUAUUGAGGGGAAUAACAUUUUAUGUAUUGCUUUAAGGAUUGGGAUGCUGUUUGAUUCCCUUUGGAGUUUUGCUUUCUCACAAUUGAAGUCUUGAAAUUUUUAAUGGAACAUAACAUGGACCUUUCCAUCAUGUAAGGUUUAUGGCUACAAAUGAUUUGAUGACGGAAUUGCAGAAAGAUUCCAUCAAGUUGGAUGAUGAUAGUGAAAGGAAAGUAGUAAAAAUGAUUUUGAAGUUAUUGGAAGAUAAAAAUGGUGAGGUACAGAAUUUAGCUGUCAAAUGCCUUGGCCCUUUAGUGAGUAAAGUGAAAGAAUACCAAGUAGAGACAAUUGUAGAUACCCUCUGCACUAACAUGCUUUCUGAUAAAGAACAACUUCGAGAUAUUUCAAGUAUUGGCCUUAAAACAGUAAUUGGAGAACUUCCUCCAGCUUCCAGUGGUUCUGCAUUAGCUGCUAAUGUAUGUAAAAAGAUUACUGGACGUCUAACCAGUGCAAUAGCAAAGCAGGAAGAUGUCUCUGUUCAGCUAGAAGCCUUGGAUAUUAUGGCUGAUAUGUUGAGCAGGCAAGGAGGACUUCUUGUUAAUUUCCAUCCUUCAAUUCUGACCUGUCUACUUCCCCAGUUGACCAGCCCCAGACUUGCAGUAAGGAAAAGAACCAUUAUUGCUCUUGGCCAUCUGGUUAUGAGCUGUGGAAAUAUAGUUUUUGUAGAUCUUAUUGAACAUCUGUUGUCAGAGUUGUCCAAAAAUGAUUCCAUGUCAACAACAAGAACCUACAUACAAUGUAUUGCUGCUAUUAGUAGGCAAGCUGGCCAUAGGAUAGGCGAAUACCUUGAGAAGAUAAUUCCUUUGGUGGUAAAAUUUUGUAAUGUAGAUGAUGAUGAAUUAAGAGAAUACUGCAUUCAAGCUUUUGAAUCAUUUGUGAGAAGAUGUCCUAAGGAAGUAUAUCCUCAUGUUUCUACUAUUAUAAACAUUUGUCUUAAAUAUCUUACCUAUGAUCCAAAUUACAAUUAUGAUGAUGAAGAUGAAGAUGAAAAUGCUAUGGAUGCAGAUGGUGGUGAUGAUGAUGAUCAAGGUAGUGAUGAUGAAUACAGUGAUGAUGACGACAUGAGUUGGAAAGUGAGGCGUGCAGCUGCCAAGUGCUUGGAUGCCGUAGUUAGCACAAGGCAUGAAAUGCUUCCAGAAUUCUACAAGACCGUCUCUCCUGCACUGAUAUCCAGAUUUAAAGAGCGUGAAGAGAAUGUAAAAGCAGAUGUUUUUCAUGCCUACCUUUCUCUUUUGAAGCAAACUCGUCCUGUACAAAGCUGGCUAUGUGACCCAGAUGCAAUGGAACAGGGAGAAACACCUUUAACAAUGCUUCAGAGUCAGGUUCCCAACAUUGUUAAAGCUCUGCACAAACAGAUGAAAGAGAAAAGUGUGAAGACCCGACAGUGUUGUUUUAACAUGUUAACUGAACUGGUAAAUGUAUUACCUGGGGCUCUAACACAACACAUUCCUGUGCUUGUACCAGGAAUUAUUUUCUCACUGAAUGAUAAAUCAAGCUCAUCGAAUUUGAAGAUUGAUGCUUUGUCAUGCCUAUAUGUAAUCCUCUGUAACCACUCUCCUCAAGUCUUCCAUCCUCAUGUUCAGGCUUUGGUCCCGCCAGUGGUGGCUUGUGUUGGAGACCCAUUUUACAAGAUUACAUCUGAAGCACUUCUUGUUACUCAACAGCUUGUUAAAGUAAUCCGUCCUUUAGAUCAGCCUUCCUCGUUUGAUGCAACUCCUUACAUCAAAGAUCUAUUUACCUGUACCAUUAAGAGGUUAAAAGCAGCUGACAUUGAUCAGGAAGUCAAGGAAAGGGCUAUUUCCUGUAUGGGACAGAUUAUUUGCAACCUUGGAGACAAUUUGGGUUCCGACUUGCCUAAUACACUUCAGAUUUUCUUGGAGAGACUCAAGAAUGAAAUUACUCGAUUAACUACAGUGAAGGCAUUAACACUGAUUGCUGGGUCACCUUUGAAGAUAGAUUUGAGGCCUGUCCUGGGAGAAGGGGUUCCUAUCCUUGCUUCAUUUCUCAGGAAAAACCAGAGAGCUUUGAAACUGGGGACCCUUUCUGCCCUAGAUAUUCUAAUUAAAAACUACAGUGACAGCCUGACAGCUGCCAUGAUUGAUGCAGUCUUAGAUGAGCUCCCACCUCUUAUCAGUGAAAGUGAUAUGCAUGUUUCACAGAUGGCUAUCAGUUUUCUGACUACCCUGGCAAAAGUUUAUCCUUCCUCCCUCUCAAAGAUAAGUGGAUCUAUUCUCAAUGAACUUAUUGGACUUGUGAGAUCACCCUUGUUGCAGGGGGGAGCUCUUAGUGCCAUGCUAGACUUUUUCCAAGCUCUGGUUGUCACUGGAACAAAUAAUUUAGGAUAUAUGGAUUUGUUGCGCAUGCUGACUGGUCCAGUUUACUCUCAGAGCACAGCUCUGACUCAUAAGCAGUCUUAUUAUUCCAUUGCCAAAUGUGUAGCUGCCCUUACUCGAGCAUGCCCUAAGGAGGGGCCAGCUGUAGUAGGUCAGUUUAUUCAAGAUGUCAAGAACUCAAGGUCUACAGAUUCCAUUCGCCUCUUAGCUCUCCUUUCUCUUGGAGAAGUUGGGCAUCAUAUUGACUUAAGUGGGCAGUUGGAACUAAAAUCUGUUAUAUUAGAAGCUUUCUCAUCUCCUAGUGAAGAAGUAAAAUCAGCUGCAUCCUAUGCAUUAGGCAGCAUUAGUGUGGGCAACCUUCCUGAAUAUCUGCCAUUUGUUUUACAAGAAAUAACCAGUCAACCCAAAAGGCAGUAUCUUCUGCUUCAUUCCUUGAAGGAAAUUAUUAGCUCUGCAUCAGUGGUGGGCCUUAAACCAUAUGUUGAAAACAUCUGGGCCUUAUUAUUAAAGCACUGUGAGUGUGCAGAAGAAGGUACCAGAAAUGUUGUUGCUGAAUGUCUAGGAAAACUCACUCUCAUUGAUCCUGAAACUCUUCUUCCACGGCUUAAGGGGUAUUUGAUAUCAGGCUCAUCAUAUGCCCGAAGUUCGGUGGUUACAGCUGUGAAGUUUACUAUUUCUGAUCAUCCUCAACCUAUCGAUCCACUGUUAAAGAACUGCAUAGGUGACUUCCUGAAAACUUUGGAAGAUCCAGAUUUGAAUGUAAGAAGAGUAGCCUUGGUCACAUUCAACUCAGCAGCACAUAACAAGCCAUCAUUAAUAAGAGAUCUUUUGGAUACUGUUCUUCCACAUCUUUACAAUGAAACAAAAGUUAGAAAGGAGCUUAUAAGGGAGGUAGAAAUGGGUCCAUUUAAACACACAGUUGAUGACGGUUUGGAUAUUAGAAAGGCAGCUUUUGAGUGUAUGUAUACACUUCUAGACAGUUGCCUUGAUAGACUAGAUAUCUUUGAAUUUCUAAAUCAUGUUGAAGAUGGUUUGAAGGACCAUUAUGAUAUUAAGAUGCUAACAUUUUUAAUGUUGGUGAGGCUUUCUACCCUUUGUCCAAGUGCGGUACUACAGAGAUUGGACCGACUUGUUGAGCCAUUACGGGCUACAUGUACAACUAAGGUAAAGGCAAACUCAGUAAAGCAGGAGUUUGAAAAACAAGAUGAAUUAAAGCGAUCUGCCAUGAGAGCAGUAGCAGCACUGCUAACCAUUCCAGAAGCAGAGAAGAGUCCACUGAUGAGUGAAUUUCAGUCACAGAUCAGUUCUAACCCUGAGCUGGCAGCCAUCUUUGAAAGUAUCCAAAAAGAUUCAUCAUCCACUAAUUUGGAAUCAAUGGACACUAGUUAAAUAUUUGUUCAAUAUGGGGACCAUUACAUUUGACCAUAUAAUGCACUGAAUUGACAAGUUAAUCAUAAGACAUGGAAACAGAAGUGUCUAAAAGCUUCAAAAUGUUCCACUUUUUUUUCCUUCAUGGAGACAGUUUGUUCAGCUUUCUUCCAUUGUUGUUUUGUAGCAUUUAUUUGAGAAAUGUGUAUUUCCAUAAUCCAGAGGUUGUGAAACCACUAAUGUUUUAGUGGCUAGAGCAACAUUAAAAAUGGAAACUAAAAGUUAGGACUUAUGGAGUGUGGAGAUAGGGUCCAGUAUCUAUUUACCCUGUAAUGUUUAGGAUUAAAAUGUUAAAAUUUUGUGACCAUGAAUUUCUUUGUUUUAUAAAUUUUCUCAUUUAAAAAAAUCAAUUCUGCAAGACAAAAAACAUGUUUCUUUUUCUUGUAUAACUUUUUGUUUCAGCAACACAAAUUGAUUUUUAGCUGGCAGACAAGAAUAUCCAUAUAAGAUUUGUUACAUUUCAGAGGAUUUGGCAGUUUUAAAAGGAUAAUAAGGUAUCAUUUUUUAUGUAUGAGGAUUAACAAUAUCCCUGUUGCGCACACUAAUUUUGCAUGAGCAAGUUUACAAGUAUGUAUUGUCUAUAUAGAAGCAUGUGCAGAUUAUUCAUAAUACAGAAGUUAAAAUAAGUAUUAUUAGUGCAAUUUUCAGAUAUUUAUUUUUGCACAGAAAACAUAUCUGGAGAGAGAGGAGUAAAUUUUGAAACUUUGGUUUUCUUAAUGCCAGUGUGAAUUUGCAGAUGUUUUCAGCAAAUCAAGUCACAGGAACAAUUUGCCACUUCUUUUCUAUUAUAGAUUUUCUUACACAUUUAAAAUUUGAAUAUUUAAGUACUCAGUUUUCUUCAGUUACCCAUUUGUGUGCGUGUUUCCACCUAGAACUUAAAGCUAGAUUUUUCUUUCAUUACCAUUGAAAGUCUACAUUCCUUAGCAGAGGAUACAAAUACUGUGUAUGCUUUUGAAUUUUAUUUUUAGGAAAAUUCUGAAGCCAGCUAUCACAGGUUUGUUAGCUAGUAAUAUUUUAUUUUAGUUGAGUUAGAUUUCUCCCCAAUCUCUUGUAGAGCUAAUUUACAUACUGUGUUUAGUAAGUAUUGACUCCUUUUUCUGAUUAAGGAAUCUGCUGGGGGAACAAAGCUUUUGCAUUAUAGUUGAAAUUUUUUUUUAACAUAUCCUUCAGUGAGCUCAUUUCACACUGUAGCCUCUAUUCAAAUUUGUGGUGCUCCUGUAACAGUAAGAACUAACUUCUGAAAUAAAAGACAUCUCUUAAUGCUGUGCAAACAUAGUUUACAUGUGUUGAAGGAGGCAGUUGUUGAGUGACCAAUUUCAAGCAAUCUGAUAUUUGAAAACUGCACAUUUAUUUUUGAAACUGUGAAUUAGAAAUACUUUUCCUGCUGUAUUACUUCCUGCUUUAACAACCAAAUAUGCAGUGGUUUUAAUUGAUAACAUACUGUGGUUAAUAGAUUAAGAGCUUGAUUUUGAAUGUUCCAGUGAUAACACAUAAGACAUUGCUACUAGUGAGAAUUUUGAUUAGUACAUUGACUUGAAGUUGGCUGCAUUUCAAAAUAUGGCAGGUGAAAAUCUUAUACCAGAAUUUGCAUAAAAUUGUAAUAGAAAUUUAUUUUGAGAUGUUAGUAUAUUAUGUCCUAUGCAUUAUUGUGGUAUAGAUAUUGUGGAUAUAUUUAAGGUUUUGGUUACUUAGUUUCACAAUAAACUACAAUACUGCAGGCUCUAGGACUGAAUAGGUUUGUGACAUACAUGUAGACAUACAUAUGUCGCGUGAUUGCCUUAGUUAAUUGCCUAAAGUUAAGUCCAAAUACAUGUAUUGGUGGGUUUGUUUGUUUUUUUUGUUUUUGUUUUUGGGUGUUUUUUUUGUUUGUUUG